ACCUACGCGGGGAGACCCCAUUGGAUUUCAAGUCCAACGCCUUAACCACUCGGCCAUCGCAGCUACUACGAUAUUAUGGUGUAGAGUAAUUUUACAUAAUCAUGUGCUAGUGCAAUUUUGGCGGGGUAAGAUGGCGGCAGCAAAAACAACUCUGGAUGCCUUCCUUGAUUUCUUGGACUAUAGCAGUGACAAUGAGAAACAAGACAGGACACUAGAAACUCCUCAUAUUGACAGGGUCCUGCAACAGUACAAUGGUGGGACUAAAAAGAAACCCUCUAGAUCCACAGAAGGGAAAGUGGGCGUGGCUGAGACUUCCCCGUCACCUAGCAACAACUAUGGGAACCGACUUGUAGCACUGGAAAGCCAAAUAAAGGAACUAAUGCAAGAUAAAACCAAGGAAGCACGCAAAUCACUUGGAAAGACGAUUAUUAUAGGAGGAAAGAAAGCAAGUAGUGAAGAGUCAGAUAGCAGCAGUGAUCAAGAGAAUAGAGUGAGAAAUAACGUUAAAAUAAGAAAGAGACCAUCGAGACAAAAUGUUAGUAGCAUUGCUGAUGACAAGAAAGCAAAAAACCAAUUGCAGACGAGUGGAGUAGCCAGACACACUCACUGUCACACAAGAGAGCCACUCACUCAUAAAAGAGAGGUGGAGGAAGAGAGGGAGAGAAGGUGGAAAUCCGAACAAGCUUCUGUUAAACUAGCAGAGCACGUGCGUCGAUUGCAAUUGCAGAGUGAAGACUGGCAAAAGAAGUUUGAAGUUUCAGUGACAAAGAGAAAUCAGUUGGAAUCAGCUCUUAUCAACGAGAAGGAGAAAGCAUCACAAUUAAGUAUUGAAAUUAAAAGACUGAAAACAUUACAAGAAGAUGAGAUGGCAGAUGCUAAAAGACUACAGAGACGAUGUGAAGAUCAGUCCAAGAGACUCUUUGACUAUGAGGAACAAGUUGAACGACUGGAGAGAGCACGAUCACAGCUCUUUACUGAUACAAGUGAAAGCUUAAGAGAGGCUGAGACAAGAGCAGCUGCUAGCGAGAGAGAAGUGUCUCUCCAGCAACAAGCUAUAAAGAAGCUGGAAUUACAACUCCAGCAACUCCAGGAUCUACUGGCCACUAGAGAGCGUGAGCAUCAGAAAGAUUUAGAGAGACUCCAGCCUUUGGAGAGCCAUAGCGUACAAGAACUGAUACAGAGAGAGCUGGAAAGGGAAAGAAUGAGAUCCGAAACAAUUGCACUUCAACUUAAGGAGAAACUUCAGACUCAGCAAAAGGCAUACAGAGAUCUUGAAGAAGAGUUUAGAGCUGGACUCCGCAUUGAGGCUGCACGCUAUCAGCAACUGGAAACUGAUCAUGUUAAGUUAGCUGAAGAUCUGGCAUUGUGUCAGGAUCAAUUGGAAUCAACAAGGGGCAAAGAAAAUCAAGCUACGUCACUUAUAAGUGAAUUGUCUUCUAUUGUAAAAGAGCAGAAGGUGAGGAUAUCUGAUUUACUGAGCAGUCGUCAAGAGCUCAAUAAACAACUUGACAAUAAAACUAAGCAGUUGGACACAGAGACAAUAGCACGAGCUAAGUAUGAAGAAAGAGUUCAGAUAUUACAAGAAGAGAACACUAAUUUACUGGCUAGACUGUCUGCACAGGACUCAUUGUUAGUUGGACUGAGAGAAGAAAAGAAACUAUGGAGUCAAGAAUUAGCUAAUCAAGGAGCUGCAUUGGCUCAAGAUCGUGGUCGCUAUGAAUCAAAAAUCGAAUCACUUCAGAUACAAGUGUCUGAGUUACAGGAGCUAGCACAGAAUAACAAAACUACUAUAAGAGUUCGUGAAAAAGUGAUAGAAGAUCAAACCUCAACUAUAAAAUCCUUAAAGGAGGAAGCUCAGGAUCUUAAGAGGCAGCUAUCAACAAACCAGUCAGACCUGUUAGACAAGAUUGAUGAGUUGAAUGGGCAGAUUGAAGAGGAGAGAAGCAGAAGGGAAGAGAGUCAAGAGCAACUUGGUGUGGAAACUGAACAGAAAAUUUAUAUUGAAGAGCAGUUACAUGAAUCACAGAAUAGCACCAAGAAAUGGAAAGACAAAUAUAGUAAGUUGAAGGGACAGUGGGAAGAGAGAAUUGGGCUUAUAUCAGCACUGGAAGAAAGUGUACAACAGCUUCAGGAAAGAUCAAGACAGAGAGAAGAAAAGCUAAUGAAUGAAAGAGAUACAGCAAUAGGAGAAUCAAGAGAAGCAUCAGAGAGACUACUGUUGAUGAAAGCUGAGCUACAAGAACAGUCUCAAAGUCAGAAGAAGAUGGUAGAAGAGAGAGUAGCUGUGUUACUGAAGGAGAAAGAUAGAGAGAUUGAUGCUGCUAAUAGAAAGGUAGCAAUGGCUGAAGAAGAAAUGAAGCAAGUCCUGGCUGAGUCUGUUCGAGAGAGGAAAGCAAUGGAAGCAAAGUUCCAAAGACUCUCAAAGGCAUUUCAAGACAUGCAGAAAGAAUUGAGCUAAUAAUUA